UCCAAUUCGGAACAUCUUUCGGGUGGCCGGUCAGGCAGCCAAAGGAAAAAGGGAACGACGGCACAAAACAGCUGGUCACCGACGGAACUACAGGAAAAGAAGAAUGUUGCGUAUUGUUAGCACCGCGAUUCGAGGAAUCGUUGCUCGUACCAAUACUAUAGGUGUGGCAAACUUGUUAACCUCUAAGCAGUAUCCUCUUAUUCAAUGUGCGCAGCAAAAGUACUUUGGAGCGCUUUCUUCUGUGGUCAAUGGUUGGAAUAAUGUUGGUAGCACAGAAUUGAAGCCGAACAUUACUCCCUCUAUUUUACCAGUUACGAUACCAGCAAGAUCAAUCACAAAAUUUUCUCGAUUAAAAGGCAAAAGGAAGUCUGCGAGAACCGUACUUAAACGUUUUUACAGAUUAAAUUGGGGUAUAUGGAUCAGAACACGUGCUGGACGUCAUUCUCACCUAUGGACGAAAAGUCAAAACAGAAAGCAUAGAUUAAAGCAACACGUUUUCUGCAAUGCAACGCAGUCUACUUUAUUAGACAAAAUGGUGACAAGCUAUUGGAAAAGACCACAUUAUUACGUCGAUGAUCCCUAUAAUCCAUAUCAUUCACGCGAAGAAUUCCCCUUAACAAGAAGGAAGCCCCUGCCUUAAAUAACUUAGACAUAUUGAAGCAAACAAAAAAUGUAUAUGCUACCGAACACAAACAGAAUUCAGUGUUUAUUACAAUCUUGAUAAUGGAAACAAUAAGAUGGUAUUAAUUUUGGUUAGGUAUUUUAAUAGAAAAUGUAGUCGAUCAUAUUAGCGCAUUCUUUUGUGUUGUCAAAAGCAGUACAGAUAAAAAUUAAAAAAAAAUAAGAUAAAAUUGAAUAAAUCGGAAUUACGAUCGA